GUUUCCAUGACAACGAGAAGUUAUGAUGGGAAAAACAGCCACAGUUCCGUUUCCGAGACAAAAUUGGAAUUUGAGUUUUUCUGUUCUCUCUUUUAGUCAAUUGGUUUUGUUAAUUUUUUUUGAUAAUUUAAUUAAUUUAAGUUUCUCAAUCUCACUCAGCAUCAAUCAUGUCUGCAGCUGAUAAAAAAUCCAAAAAAGCCAUGGAGAGCAUCAACUCCAGGUUAGCCCUUGUAAUGAAAAGUGGAAAAUACUACAUGGGUUACAAGCAAACUUUGAAAACCUUGAGGUCAGGAAAAGCCAAGUUGGUUAUUAUUGCAAACAACACACCAUCAUUGAGGAAAAGUUUGAUUGAAUACUAUGCUAUGUUGGCGAAAGCCGGUGUACAUCACUAUUCUGGUAACAAUAUUGAAUUGGGAACCGCUUGUGGUAAAUACUUUAGAGUCUGUUCUCUUAGUAUAACAGACCCUGGUGACUCUGAUAUAAUCAAAAAUGUGCCUGGCGAAGGUGGACAGUAAACAACCCAAGAAGAACUGUAUAAAAUAAAAAAAUGUUUACAUUCAUGAA